AUGCCUUUAUGCGAUAACCCAAAGGACUUCUGGCUACAGGCCUUCAUGAGCAUAAAACAGAAUGUUCCAUUGGAGACAUUCAUGCUUUGCCUCUGGACAUUAUGGUUUAGCAGGAACAUGUGCUUUCACCAGGGGAAAUGCUCAACGGUUAGAAAUUUGUGCGGCAUGGCACGACGUAUGGGGGAAGGGAGGAUGGGACAGGAAAUGCAGCAGGAAGCUGUUAUGACAAACACCCAGCAAGAGCUUUGGCAACCUCUUGGGAGGGAGGAAAUAAAACUCAAAGUGGAUGCAGCUUUUGUAGAAUCCUCAAAGGAAGCUAGUUUGGGAGCGAUGUGUAGGGACACUACUAGGAAGAUAUUACUUUCUACUAUAUCUAAAGAAGCUAGAAUCAACAAUCCCUUAAUGGCAGAAAUAUGUGCUAUUCGAUGGGGGCUACAGGCUGCUCUGGAACACGGGAUAGAAAGUAUAAUUGUGGACAGUGAUUCCUUGAUGGCUAUUAAGGAAAUUGUUCAGGCGAUUGAUUCUUUCUUUGCUGGCUUUAAUUUGAUUCAAGACAUAUCCCUGGUCCAAAAUGAUUUCUUUGCUAGCUAA